GUGCGCUGCAUCUGUUAGCGGGUUAACGCUGUAAAGAUGAUCUAAAAAUCGGCAAAAUGAGGUCAGCACCGAGUCCUGUAGGUGCCGUCCGGGCGCCUUGCCCCACCCCUGCCACCCCCUACCGCAUAGAGAGGCGAAUGGGAUCGUCCAACGCCAAGUCUCGCGAGAGGAUGUCUCGCAACCAGCGAGAGUUGAGCUCGGUGGAGAUUAUGGCCAUCAGCGAAAGGGAAACAUUCGAGGGAUUGGUCGACAUCAGCGGAAAGCAAAUUCACGUCGAAAAACAACAGAAUAAGAAAAGAAACGGGCAAAACAGUAAGGGAACUUAUCUUGUCCUCAAGUUGCCUGCGGUUACCAUGGUGUCAGACGACAAUUCGAAACCGCUCAUGAUGGCAAAGAAUGACGGGAAGGGAGAAAAAGAGCGGUCGUCUUUACCGUAUGUUCGUCACUCCGAAAUCAAAGGGAAUGUGGUCACGCCGAAAGUUUCUAAACCGAUUCAAACCUUCAUUUUGCCGGAUUUGGAUAGCAGUAAGGAGAGAAACGAGAUGGCACAAUUGGGUCUUUUCGGUGAUGGCAAGAAACGGGUAGACAUUUCUGAACAUGGAGAAAAAGAAGCAGAUCGCAGGAAGAGCCAACCUGUUGGGAAAAUCAGGCUGUGGAAGGAAGUGAAAAAGAAAGACGAGACACGACAGCCAACAGACAAAAAGCAAACCGGAAAGCGAUCCAAGAACGAACAGAAGUGGGAGUGGUCGCCAAGAGGAGGGAAGGUCUUUCCCGAGAUCCAACGCUCUGUGACGGUUGAACUGAACGGUCGGUUGAGUAGAAUCAACAUGGAGGAAACUUUGCCCCAAACAGACUCAAAGAACAGAGGAGCCAAAGCACAGCUUAGUCCCGAAACCUCGUUCGAUUCGGUCCCGAACAGGUCCAGAAAAAGUUCCACAAAGUCUCAAACAGAGGAUUCAGAGACGAAAGGUGGAAGUAGUGGUGGUAGCAGUCCGAGAGUAGUUCUUCCAGAAAUUCCGGCGAAACUUGUCAGAGAAAAAACGCACGAAAUUGAACGAAAGACGAAGAAACACAGGAGAAAGGCCAGUGCGGACGACGCUAGUAGCGGCCAUAGCGUAGUCCUUAGGACUAGCAGUGACAACGGACUUACCGUCGACGCAAAACACAUCAUGCCCUUGCCCAAGGUCACGGUACCACAAACCAAGAUGGCGGCGCAAGGAGAGCGAAAAUCGAGCGACAAAGGAACAGAGUACGAGGAACCGGCCUACAUCGCCAAACUAAAAAGGCGCGAAAAGAGACGGAGGGAACUGUACGACCUUCUGAGAUACCUGCCGCCUCUUUCCAAGGUCAGUCGAACGUACGCGGUCAAUGUCAUCUCCCUGGGGAUAGACAAGGACAGCAAAUUGGAGGGCGAAGGUGAAGGGUCAGAGGUAAGUUCGCCUGGAGACUCACCAAGGUACCCGCCAUGCACCUGCUCACACCGCACGGUCGCACAUCCGGGUACUAACAAAGUUUCAAAAAGUGUUUCUCCCAGAAGCCCCUUCCUGAACAAGAUGGCGGACGACGCCGAAGAUGACCGCAUGAAAACGCGGCAGACGGUUUCGGAGAGAGCAUCCAAGCGCACAAGAGAAGAGGAACUGUCGAAGCGAAAGGCUUUGGGGAUGUUCAGGACCAUUCAACUGUUUGAGAACAGAAAGCGGGGUCCAGUUGACAGGCGAUACAGAAACAUUUACCGUCUUGAUCCGAGGUAUCUCAGCAAACGGGCAUCAAGAGAAAAGGGCGGUUAAAAAACACUGUGGAGAAAGGAAGAAUAUACUAGUACAGUGGAUUCAUCCCUCAAGCUAACCGACAUCUUGCACACGCAGUCGUCCCUCAGUAAGACGCCUGGAGCCGCAUAGUUCCCGUUUUAAAAUUUCAUUUUAUUCAGCCUGUCACACUGAGUCACAUACAUAUACUGUGGAAAAAUGAAGACUUACGUAAAGAUGUAUCAAAGAAGCAUCUGUCAGGACUUUUGGUGAGGGGAACAAUCGACUGAAAAAAAUGUUCUCUGCAGUCGAUCAUCAAUGCAUUGGAGACUUUCAGAAUAGUUUCACAUUUUGCAAAUGUAUGCAAUGUAUCGUUCGAUUGAAUUGCAAUUUUAUCUUGACUAUGAUCAGAAAACAGAGCUACAUUUCUUAAGAGAAAUUAUCUGUAAAAAGAUAUUUGAUAUGUACAGGCUAUUUAAUUUGUGUAUAAAACAUUACGACGUAGUCGUAGACUAGCUUAAGCUUACAGUAAGUGGCCAAUAAUUAUCAUGAUCUUAGAUCAAAGUCAAACACAGAUCGCACCAAAAGAAGCAAGGCUUAGUCUUAUUGUAACCAAAAUAUCUCCACGUUUAAGUUUCAGUGUGUAUUUUGUUUUACUUAAUUGAACAUCUUAAGUCAGUGUCUAAAGUCUAUUUGUAUCAUACC